AUCCUUCUUGUAGACUCACCCUUCUCCAUUCCCUCGACAUCUUCGUAGCCCUGGGCCUCCCGACUUCGCUGAUCUGCACUUUGUCACCUGUCUGAAAAGCUAUCCUGUCGGCAGUCACCUGGCGAGCUAUUAAAGUCGGCCUACAUCCCAAUUCCGCUGCUUCUCUUGACAACGCACAAAGACGCACGAAUCCACUCCUACUUCAACAUCUUUCUCUUCGUGACUCUCGCAGUCUCCGAAAUUGGUUACCAUCCCACCAAGCAUUGGGUAUCGGAUCCCGUUGUUCAGUACAUACCCAGGUUCCGGUCACCGAGGCAACAGUUGGAGCAAAGAAAGCUAAAAUUAAAGCACGAUACGGCAUCGAACUAGAGGUUGUUUCACUGUUCCUGAGAGUGGCACGGAUAUCGUCAGAGGUUGAUAAGUGGAUACAAGAGACCUCUAGCAUCGAAAUAUUGCCCCUUGGGGUACCAAGUAUUAAGGUCGGAAAACGUGGCUCACUAUGCCGGCCACAAGUAAGUAUCACUGUAUCCGCUACAUCUCACCUCCCACGCCUCAUGCACUCCACAAAUCUACCGCUAUCUCUUUUUUAUUUUUUUCAUUCCAUUUUAUCCCGCCCCCUUCCGUUCCCUUUCAUUCCGGCUCGAGAUACAGCCACUUUUCUAUUCAUACGUUGCCUAGAGUUGAGUCAAUGUACGGGCAAGGCUAACAAGCAACCCCCCGUUGCAGUGCCCUUUCCUGGUUCGUCCACUUUCAAGAAGAACACUGCGACAGACUUAAGAGUCGACAUCCCGCACAUGGCCAGCGGCAUGCAGGCUUACAACUCAAACUCCUCGCAUAGCGCAAUGGGCAGCGGAAAUGUGCCCAACUCGCCAGCUCCUUUCAUUAAAAACGAACCCCAAGACGAGUCUGGCAGGUUCUUGCAUCAAGCUCCCUACCACCACCACCACCCGGAUGCAUAUAGCAUGCCCGGUCACCAGCAGUUCCACCAGGGUGGCUUCAAUGAGCCAAAUUAUAAUGGGGGCGAUGGCAGCAUCGACCCGUCAGAGUUGACCAUGUCUCCAUCGAUGCCGAUACAACAGAAUGGAGGUUUUAUGGAGUCAUAUCCUAACUAUUCGUCUGGAAAUAAUAGUAAUGUGGGAUAUAUGAGUAGUGGUGGGGCUGUCGAUGAUGAGGACCUGCUUGCCCUUGGCAACCUGGACGAGCGUCACCAUGUCCAGAAUAACGGGCAGUUUGGAAUAGACCAACACCAGGAGCAAAGGCAGGGGCAUGGUGACGACUACUCCUCCCUGCACCAUCUCUUUCCCGAGAUGGAUGGGGGUGGGGAUAGGAACGCAGCCGGGGAAAACGGCACAUCUACCGGUGCCCCAAGUGUUGAUCAGAUGUACUCCCACACACCUGAUAACAACCCGCCAGCCGAAUCCCCCUUUAUUCAUUCAUACCCCCCUCAGCAGUUCCGGCAAUUACAGCACCCCUACAACGGAGCAACUGCUGAUACACCCUCCUCAUACAACGCCUCUCCAGUUAUCGGGUCAGACUCAACCCAGGGCACCAACUUUGACCAGUAUAUGGCCACUGGAAAGCGAAAGAGCCGACCAGUUUUGGAAAGAAACGGCUCCCGUAAAAGCCCCAACUCACGAUCUCCACACACCCCCAAGACUCCAGGCAUCGGCUCCCUUUCACUUGGUGGUGAAACAUCGACCGUCCCCACCCAGCCUAUCCAGACCUCCCAUAUGGCUUCCCACCGCCAUCACAAAUCCCUCUCGGGUCAGUGGGAUGGGACGCCGGGCUCGCAAAUCUCUUAUAUCGAUUCGCCCCUUUCUUCUCCGGGAGCCUCCCAUGUCCACCCCCAAAUCUCGGACGUUUUCAAGUCAGGGAAGCAUGCUUCGCUGCCAGCGAAAGUUGAGAACCAGGUCGGUGCAGGACCUGCUUUCCAAACUCAGGAGGCAAAGAGGCGCCGCCGCCGAGAGAGCCACAAUAUGGUUGAGCGUAGGCGCCGGGAUAACAUCAACGAGCGCAUCCAAGAGCUCUCCCACCUAGUUCCCCAGCACCGACUUGAAGAUGAGAAGGUCCGGAAGCAUCUGGUGAAUAAUGGCUCCCUGUCACCUUCGGUCGGCCCUAGUGGGAGCCCCCCUCGUGCCACCUCUAUGUUAGCUGGAGGUGUUGGUCGAAGGGCGAGCGGUGUUCCUACUUCUGCCGGAAUUACUGGCGAGGAGAAGGACAAGGGCCCCAACAAGGGCGAUAUCCUCAACGGCGCAGUCGGCUGGACACGAGACCUAAUGUGGGCUCUUCAUGCAAAACUUGAACAAGAGAAGGAGAUACGGGAACUCGUUGCCAGACUAGGUGGAACCUACCCAUUCGACCAGACGGAGGACGAUAAGCGGAUGUCGUCCGAAUUAUACGCUGCCAUCGAAAAGAAUGGCGUCCAAAGCUUUCACUAUUCCCGAGCACCCGGGUCCACCUUGCGCGUACCCGGGUACACUGACUACGCUGGCAACGCGGUGGGCCCCGGUGGAAAUGUUCUGUCCCCGCGUGUCAGUCCAUCGCGCUCGGGUGGGAAACCUUCUCAGAAUGGGGGAUCCUCUCGGGGAACGCCCCAGCAACAGUCACAAUUUUGGAACCAAAACGGUGAUGGCAUGGCGUUCAAGGAGGAGGAUGAAUACAACACUAUGGACAUGUCAUAACCUUCGGUGAAGACGAUGGUACCUGUGCAACUUCCCUAUUGCGGGCGAUACUGCUAGUCAUCUUAGUGCAUCCCGACUAUACACGUUACAAAGCUUUCUGGUGCAUGCGCUAUCUUGGGCAAGCGUACAGUUAGUAUCAUGUCUUCUUUUUCUUCUUUGUUUCUUUUUGAUUCUGCCGGAUGUUGUUCUUAUUGGUUUUGUAUCUUGCUGGAGUACAUGAAGUCGGGAGGGCUUUUUGUAGGUUUUGUGUGGAGGAUUCCCUAUCUUGUUUGUGCGCCCUUGUUACGCGAUACCAGUUUUGUCUUGCAAUUUGCUUCCUUCAAUGUUCCGCUUGCGACUAGAUUACGAUGAAUGGUUGCAAGAUAUUACACGAAGAAUCUUUUCUUAGUCCCCCCUCUUUAUUUGAGUUAUUCUACUCUCUUGCACUUAAUAAGUUUUUCGUGUAUAAAUAGGGUAGGAUAUCAUACGGUUCCCCUGCUUGUUUUUUCAUUCUGUACCUUUCUUUUAUACGAUUGUACUGGCUUUCAUUUGUUUCCCUCAUUUUUCUGACUGGGGGGUUUAUAUGGAACUUGUAACGGCUUUCCUGGCUUCCCAUGUUCUUCUCCUCCUCAUUCGUUUUUUUCCCAUUCUUUUUCUUUCUCGAAUUGCAUGAAGAUCUUGUCAUUUUUUCAUUUCUUUCUCUCCGAUUCCUUACUCCCUUCGUAUCAGUUCCUCCAUAUCUUUCCCUAUUUUCUCUCGCCUCCCCCCCCCGCCCAUUUCCCACCAUUUCUUCUAUUUCUUUCUCUUCUCUUUCUUUUUUUUUUCCUCCAAUCAACGGUGUAACGAGGGCUUCAAUCAUAAGUUAAUCACAGAUCUUUUUUUUUAUUCCCAACCGACUCCUAUUUUAUUUUUUUACUAUCAACCUUCCAGUUCC